CCUCUCUUUAUAUUUUCGUGUGUUGUGUUUCAGGGGAUCUGCCGAAGCAAGCUCAUUUUCUCUAAAACACUGCGGCACUUAUUUAUGGAGAUAUUGUUAUAAAAGUGCAUACGCCCUGCAUGCCCAUCUUGCUGUGCGAGGGUGCAACCGAUGUGCGAUUUCAGCGCGCGAUCGUGGAGUUCCUCUGCCGCGGCAUGUAGUUCACGGCUCUCUGGGUAACGGACGUCGACUGCACCUAAAAGAUUGACACACCUAAGCUGCCACCAGCGACCCGCAUCGGCCGGCGUUUGGUUCGCUAGCUUUGCAGUUGAAAAUUACAUUAAUGUCACUGUAAUGGAGAGCGAGCGGUCGAGACCAGGGCAUGCGAGGAAGAAGGUUUCGCCUGUCUGCAGCGUCGUCGUCUAAUUCGCCCGUGUCACAAGUCGUUGCCUGAUCGCCGCCGCAAGGGAAAACAGCCAUGAGUGCGCAGUGUCCGGCAGCCGUGAAAGAUAUUCUUGCUCCAGGAGACUCCUGCGUGGCCUGGCUGGAGGCGGGGCUUGUUCAAGAAUGGGUGAAGACCGGUCGAUUCUUGCUGCUCGUGCAGCAUUCGGACACAGCGCAUGGAUUGCUCGUGUGUCCACGCUUAGGCGUGGGAUCGACAGGGCGUGCACCCGAUGUGACUUACAUGGCUGAGCAUGCCUUCCCCAUUGACCAAGAUUUCAAGUGUGAAAUUGACACCUCUUGUUCACAUGGAAAAGCCGGAGCUGACAUGUACGUGAAAGUGGCCCACAAGCGUCGAAAAUUGUUGCUUGAACUUCCAGCCACGGACGGAGCCCGAUCAUUCCUGGCCCAGGUGGGCAGGGCUGUGGAACGGCAUGCCCUGCUACGUGGUGGAGUGAGUGACUUUUCUUGGCUAGGCCACUACGGUGGAACCCAGGAGCUGAGUAAUGACAGCCUGCUCAACAGCCCUGGCGAGCCACCACGGCAAACCAUUGCCGAAGGGGCCACGCCGCUUGCCGCCCGAGAAAGUGUGGUGCGCCUUCAGUUGGCCAUGCGUGAAGACGACUACACUCAACUUGAAGAGAUCAGAUUCUUCCUGGGCACAUGGAAUGUCAACGGCCAGGCAUGUGGCAGCGUGACUCUGCGCGAUUGGCUGUCAGCAGCCGAUUCCAAGCCUCCACAGCUCUAUGCCGUGGGCUUCCAGGAGCUUGACCUUAGCAAGGAAGCUCUGCUGUUUACCGACAGCCCCCGCGAGGAAGAGUGGCUCAGGGCUGUUGCCCUUGGUCUCCACUCAGGGUGUCGGUACCGGCUGGUGAAGUUGGUGCGUCUGGUGGGCAUGAUGCUGGUGCUGUUUGUGGAGGAGCGGCUGGCAUCCCACGUGCAGGAGGUGGAGGCCCAUUGGGUCGGCACAGGCAUCCUUGGCAAGAUGGGCAACAAGGGCGCUGUGGCUGUCCGCCUGCGGCUGCAUGCCUCAACCCUCUGCUUCGUCUGUUGCCACCUGGCUGCCCACCAGGACGAGUGCCAGCGUCGCAACCAGGACUACCAGGAUGUCUGCGCACGCCUCUCCUUUGGCCCCACUGACAGGGUGCUCUCGGACCAUGAGCAGAUCUUCUGGCUCGGGGACCUUAACUACCGGUUAGCAGACCUUGAGCAUGACCGAGUGAAAACCAUGGUAGAGCAAGGCCUUCUGGAGAAACUUUUGGAACACGACCAGUUGCGACAACAGCAGCAGCAGGGCAAGGCCUUUGGAGGCUAUACAGAGGGACCAAUCACAUUUCGGCCAACGUACAAGUACGCCCCUGGCACCCAGCUCUGGGACACUAGUGAGAAGCAACGUGCACCAGCGUGGUGUGAUCGCAUUCUCUGGAAGGGUCCCCACGUGAAGCAGAUGCGCUACAGUUCCCAUGAAUCAUUUACACUGAGCGACCACAAGCCAGUCAGUGCCUACUUCAAGGUGGGCGUAAAGGUCAUCGACACUGCGCGCUACCGUACCAUCUAUGAAGAGAUUAUGAAGAAGCUCGACAAGUUGGAAAAUGAAUUCCUGCCCCAAGUGGCUGUGGACCGGCUUGAGGUCCAAUUUGAAAAGCUGCACUUCAUGGAAAGCCAAGUGCAAACUCUCACUGUUGCGAACACUGGUCAGGUUCCAGUAGAGUUCUGCUUCCGCCCAAAGUUGGACAAUGGCCGCUACUGCAAGGAGUGGCUCCGGGCCAUUCCAGCAUCGGGAGCCAUCAAGCCAGGAGAAACAUGCCAGGUGUCCCUAGAAUUGUGUGUAGACAAGCGGACUGCAUGGCAAUUGAACAGUGCCUCAGACAGUCUAGAAGACAUCCUAGUGCUUCAUUUGGAGCGCGGAAAGGACAUUUUUGUGACUGUGUCUGGAGAGUAUGAGCCAAGCUGCUAUGGGUGCUCCUUGGAAGCCUUGGCUCGUAUACCUUGCCCUGUGCGAGAACUGGGCAGAGGGCAGCUCCUCAAAGUGGAGCAGAGCCCCUGUGAAGAGGGCCUCCUGGCAGUCCCUUUUGAGGUGCCCAAGGAGCUAUGGCUCCUAGUUGACCACCUGCACAAGUACGGGCUCACUCAGGAUGACCUUUUCCAGCAAUCUGGUCUCAGCUGGGAACUGCACCUAAUAAGAGAUGCCCUUGACGCACGUCUUGAUGGCCACCUACCCGGCAGCGUACAUUCCAUGGCAGAGGCACUUCUGCUGUUUCUGGACUCCCUGCCGGAGCCCGUGGUUCCAUAUGCCUGCUACCAGCGUUGCCUUGACUGCUCAAACAAUUUCAUUCUUUCAAAACAAGUUGUUUCCCAGAUGGUGCCAGAAGUGCACAGGCAUACGUUUCUCUACCUGGUCUGCUUUUUGAAAGAGCUGCUCGCACACUCCGCCGAGAACAAGCUGGAUGCAAAGCUUCUGGCAAAUGUAUUUGGCCCUGUUCUAUUGAGGCCCAAAGGCCAGCCCUCAACAGAACUUGGCACAUCCUCAUGGGACACACGGAGAGACACUGAUGAACGCAAGAGUGCAGCAUUUAUCUACCAUUUUCUCAUGAAUGACUACACAGAUUAAACACAAGAAUGCACCUUUA